AAGUCUGUUCCUCGUACCUCCCACCGCGAGUCGAUGUCUGCUGUCCUUGUCAGAUGCACCGAGUUCGCGUAUUGGCUUCCUUGUCGCUCGCACCGGGUUGAUUGCCGCAUCCACGCCCGUACGCACCCGUACGUUCAAUGAGCUAAAAAGAGAGGAAAGAUACUGCACUGCUUUUACUUUAGUAACUGGAUUUGACUUCGGCGGUGUGAGUACUGAUCACGACCGCGAGGAGGCGAUCUUUCUUUUCUUCAAGAUUGACGUGGUGACGUUAGGUACGGCUCAACGUACUACGCUCCAAUUCCACGAUGCCCAGGGAAAUCAAAGAAAUCAAGGACUUCCUCCUGAAGGCCCGCAGGAAGGACGCUAAGUCUGUCAAGAUAAAGAAGAAUGCCGAGAAUGUCAAAUUCAAGGUCAGGUGCUCCAGGUUCCUGUACACCCUUGUCAUCACUGACAAAGAGAAGGCUGAGAAGCUGAAGCAGUCCCUUCCCCCAGGUCUCCAGGUUAAGGAAGUUAAGAGGAGCGAACGUACAUAAAUAAAUAAAUACAAGAUCUUUAUUACAAAA